AUUUAGAUCAGUUAACAUUGGUCGAACCUGUCAAUAGGGUUGCAAGCAAACAUUUUAUAAAAUUUUUGAUAAACUGUUUUUUUAUAAAUUUUGUAAUUUUACAAGUUUUCCUUGGGUUUCUUUUGUACAUUAAUUAGCUCGCACCACUUUUCUCAAGAAAUGGCUCAAGGUGAUAGGAUACCAACAUUCAAGUUGGUGCUUGUGGGCGAUGGAGGCACCGGAAAAUCAACAUUCGUAAAACGCCAUUUGACCGGAGAGUUUGAGAAGCGAUACCUGACCACAAUGGGUGUAGAAGUACAUCCAUUGAAGUUUCAUACGAGUCGCGGACCGAUGUGCUUUAAUGUGUGGGAUACAGCUGGACAGGAGAAAUUUGGUGGACUGCGCGAAGGCUACUAUAUUCAGGCCCAAUGCGCCCUCAUCUUUUUCGAUGUAACCUCGCGCACCACCUACAAAAAUGUGCCCAACUGGCAUCGAGACUUGAUUCGCAUCUGUGGGCAGAUACCAAUUGUUCUGUGUGGCAACAAGAUCGACAUAAAGGAAUGCAAGGUUAAGCCCAAAAAUAUCGAUUUUCGUAGCAAAAGUAAUAUGCAGUAUUUCCCAAUAUCUGCCAAAUCGAAUCUGAAUUUUGAGAAACCCUUCCGCUGGCUGGCACGCGUUCUAGUUGGUGAUCCGCAUCUAGAGCUCAUCGAGAUGCCGGCCCUCCAGCCACCAGAUGUUCACAUAUCCAAGAGCUGCCAGCUUCAAAUGGAGUUGGAGCUGGAACAGGCUAGUAAUUUGCCUUACGAAGACGAUGAUGACUUAUAAAGCCAGAGCGAAUAAAUUCUGUGUUGUUAACAAAUUAUGUUUUCUGUAUCGAAAAUUCGAGUAAACAUCUUAAGGCAGUAUCCGAA